CCCAGUUGCUCUGCGUUUGACAGUUCUGAUUUCAGUCAGUCAGUCCGCAUUCGUGUUGCGUGCUGGACGCCUGUGCAACUAAUAUAUUUUCCCGCUAAAAUUUAUUUACGUAUUGUGUUUAAAAAAAAAAAACAUUUUUACAUUAAAUUAAAACGUGCUGUGCUAUUUUCUAUAUUUAUCAUUCGUACGUGAUUCGAUCUGUAUUCGGUGUGAAUACAAAGGAUUUUUUAAAUUCAGAUGUUUUGAGAAUGUAAACACAUCUGCGUGAAGAAGAAAUUUUGAAACCCGAUCAAGUCCAUUACUUGGAGAAACAAAUUACGAUGUCUACCGCCGUGGUUGAGAAUGGACAAAAUGUUAAUGAUGAAAUUAGGGGUCAAACAUACUACUUCCCUGGGGGUGGGUCGAGUGCAUCGCUAUGGCAACGGAUAAAUUUAUUUAUAUCUAUUUACUGGAAGUCUAUAAUAGUAGUGCUAACACCACUGCUACUGCUGCCCAUACCGAUCUUGAAUAAUGGACCAGCCUACAGAUGUAUGUACGUGGUCCUAAUCAUGGCAGUGUUUUGGGUCCUCGAACUCCUCCCCCUACCGGUAACUUCAAUGUUGCCGAUCGUCCUGUUCCCGACUAUGGGCAUCUUGGAUUCGGAUAAGACCUGCGCGGCCUACAUGAAGGAAACCAACAUGAUGUUCAUGGGAGGCUUGAUGAUUGCUGCUGGGGUGCAGCACUCCAAGUUGCCAAAGAGGGUUGCACUAUGGACAGUUCAAGUCGUAGGCUGUUCACAUAGAAGGUUGAACUUUGGAUUGACGUUUGUGACUAUGUUCAUAUCUAUGUGGGUAUCUAAUGCAGCUGCCACGACCAUGAUGGUGCCAAUCGUAGAUGCCAUACUCGAAGUUUUGGAACAGCAAGGCCUAGGUGACGUGUACAUAAAUAAGAAGAAUCAGCCAACAGAAAAUGGUAAAGAAGCGAAGGCCAGUGGACCAGUAAAGAACACUGAUGAUGAAGCACCAAUGCCAAGUAACAUAACUAUAUGCUACUACCUAAGCAUUGCCUAUGCCUCGACCCUUGGCGGUUGCGGCACUCUGGUCGGGACAGCAACGAAUUCUGCGUUCAAAGGAAUUUUUGAUUCUGAGUUUCCUGAGUACUCGAGUUCGGUGAACUUCUUCUGGUUCAUGGCGUACAGCACUCCGCCGAUGCUGCUGAUGCAGUUCCUCGUGUGGAUGUCGUUACAGAUCACCUUCAUGGGAAUGUUCAGACCUAACAGCGAAGCCGCCAAGGCAGUGAACCUCGCCAGCUCCGGCUCCACGAAUACCAUGAAGGUUAUCAAGGAGACGUACAGGAGUCUAGGACCCAUCACUUUCCAUGAAAAAGCUUCAGGUUUCCUGUUCAUCUUUGCGGUGCUCCUGUACAUCUUGAGGAAGCCAGGCUUCAUGCCGGGCUGGGCUGACGUCCUCACCGCCAUGAAAGUGAAAGACGGCGUGACGUCAAUGUUCAUAGUGAUCCUGAUGAUCAUACUGCCCAUGUCCACGGACUUCCUCAAGUUCUUCUCAUCUAACGCUUCUUACGAGGAGCUGGCGGCCUCCAAGCCGUCGCCCAGCAUCGUCACGUGGAACAUCCUCAAGGAGAAGAUUCCCUGGGGAUUACUGUUCUUGUUGGGCGGAGGGUUCGCGCUGGCGGAGGGCAGCAAGGCGACGGGCUUGUCGUCCAUGAUCGGCAGCUCGCUGCAGGGGCUCGCCGGGCAGCCGCACUGGCUCGUGCUGCUCGUCGUGGUGCUCGUCAUCCAGUUCAUCACCGAGUUCACCUCCAACGUGGCCAUCGCCAACCUCACCCUGCCCGUGCUGGCCAACAUGGCUCGCGUUCUGAGGAUAGACCCGCGCUACCUGAUGGUCCCGGCCACGCUGGCGUGCUCCAUGGCCUUCCACAUGCCCGUGGGCACGCCGCCCAACGCCAUCGUGGCCGGGGUCGCACACAUCCCCACCGCCAGAAUGGCCGUCGGCGGGAUCGGACCUAAGAUUAUAACGACAUUAAUAGUGUGGGGCUCGUACCUGACUUGGGGCUCGGUGAUAUUCCCGGUCGGGGACGCGCCGACCGCGCUGUACAACGCCACCGCGACCGCGCUCUCCGCCAACGUGACCCUGGGCUGCGACAUCGCCUACUCCUCGCUGCCGGCCGCCGGACGCUUCAACUGUACCGUCCCCGGGAACGGGACCGCGCUGGCCGAAGUCGCCAAGGGACUCUUCAGAUGCGACUACCUGCCCUACGACAGUUGAACUUUGGUGUCAUAAUGCCGGAUGUCUAGAGGCGUUUCAAAUGUAACUUAAAACGGGUUUCACUGUCCAACUUGAAUAUUGAAUGGAAUAGUUUGUUCUCAUUAAACCAAGCAUUAUUAUUAUUAUAAACCUAUAUAACAUUUGAUAUUGGAGUUGGAUGAGUAUUUGGUGUUUUUCUAAAAUAUAUAGUUAUACAAUUUUACCGUAGAAAAAUUUGAAUACACUGUAUGAAUUAAUGCGGAGUACUUACAAAACAUACAGGAGACUAUGUUUCUCUUUUAAAAAUUAUGUACUUACUUGUCAUUUUCCACAAUAAUUCAAAACGAGUACAUACUUAAAUUUUUUAAAAUAUCCGCGUAUUAUAUAAGACUUCAAACAAAUAUCGUGAGAAAGCACAAAGCUAUUUUUAUAUACAUUACUUGUUUUAAAAACUAUUCGCUCGUAUUUACUACGAGUUCGGAUUACAGUUAAAUCCUAAAAUAUGUGUAAGUCACAAUUCAUUGCAGUUACGUUACACUUGCCUCCACAAAACUUACUGCAGUAAACUCCAAACCCAAAGUUCAAACAUUCAGUGGUCGCUCAAACUUUUUUCUAAGUGUCUUAAUGUUACUUGAAAUGAAUUCACAAGACACUUAAGAACCGAACGCAUGAUUUUUAAAACCGAAUCGCAUUUUAGACAAUAAUACUUAACUUAUUUACCUACAUAUGUGUUAUACCAACGAAUAUAUACAAAUAUAGUUUUGUAUGAUUUUUUGUAAGUUCCGGCAACCCACUAAGCAUUUUAUAUACGUAUGAAUUCAGUCGUGCUACUCCGUAGAUGAAUUUCGUUCGUGUUAAAUUGACAGCCCGAAAAGAAAAGCCAGGAAACUUGUUUGUAUUUUAAAAAGAAAUUACUUAUAAGAAAAAAAAAGGUUAUUCAAAUGUUGGUAACAAAAAACCUACUAGAAAAAUAAUAUUAAUCUUGGCAACACAAAUAGUGUUGCCAGCGUGAUUUCUGACAUUUAGUAGAAAUAUUUUUCUAUAAAUAGUAGUAAUGUUUCGAGAUCCUGUUCUCUGACAAUUCUUUCUACUUUUCUUCUUUCAUUGUCAUUCAGCACGUGUGACGUUCUGAAGGUUGAAGGUUGCAGGUUGUAGUCUUGAAGUUUGUCUACAGAGUAAACGAGAAUUCAGUUAUUUAAUCGUAGCAUUUAUCUUAUUAACUUCGUGUCUGGUUAUUCAUACUGAUGUUGUUUGGAAAUAUUUAAAACUCUGUUCAUUGGUUAAUAUAGUUUUUAGUACUAGCGCCUCUGGACACUGCUAAGACUUUCUUGUUCGUGUUGUCUAAUCGAGGCAUUCUAAAGAGACAACCGCAUACCAUAAUUAUAAUACAGAAUACAAUAUAUCAUAGUGUUACGCACUGGGGUUCGGGAUAAAUAAAAUUCCAGCAAAGUAUAAAUUAACACAAUAUUAGCACUUAGAACACUUCACAAACACUUUAAAACUCGUAAAACUGUUUCGCUUCGAGUAGUUUCGAUUACUAUCGGACUGCGUGCCAUCUCUGCAACGCUUUUAUAGUCGAGGCGAAAACCCUAGAAUUGUCGAGAAUAUUCCACACAAGUCGAGUAUUGCGUGUUUCCGCUAUCAGACAAUAGAUGGCGCUGUACUUCUCGAGCUUUCUAGAUGCUACAAGAUCCUUCGAUAUUCGUUCGAUUAUACGUCAAUAGAUGGCGUUACUCUUAGGCGUAACAAUACAAUAUUCAAAAUUAAUACGGGUACUGGUUUAAUUUAUUAAAGUUUUGGCUAUGAGUGGCGGUGCUCUAUUAUAUUCCCUUUCCGACAUCCGUAACUUUGACGUCACUAUACAAAAUUGCGCGCUUCUCUGUGUAACAUAGCUUCCUUAUUUGGGAACAGAUUCUGAAUUUAUUUUGUUAAAUGGUUAAUUUAUGUUUGCUGAGACAGUAACAGCCAUUAAACAAAGAGUUUGAAAUAUUUCCAAAAAUUACAUGCAGUAGUCGAAAACUGACCAUUUUCUGAUAUUAAUGUAUUUGUACCGGUCUAUUUUUAUACGUCUUAUUAAAACGUCGUAAAGAAUUAAAUGAGUGCCUACUAUUGUAGGACGUUAUUUAUAAUCUAUGCUGAAUAUUUUCUUAACGACCCAAUCACGGGCCUUUGUACUGUAAUGGCGCUACGUGAUUGGUCGAUUUUUAAAGAGCAUUCUUUUUAAACAUAUUUUGAUGGGUCGUCUCUCAUUUAAAUGUGACAUUUUCUUGGAUGACUUAGUUCAAACGGAAAUAAAAUCGUCCCUUCCUAUAAUGUCACGUACGAUAGAGACGAAUAUUGAAUUUAACGAUAAAGUAGAGAGAGAGAUAUAUAUAUAUUUUUAUGUAAAAUUUUAUUAAUCCGGAAACGAACGGACGUUCCUAAUUUCGUAGUAGAAGAUUGAUCUGAUAAUGUGUGAGAGUGUAGUGUCUUUUAUUGAAUAUUUGCGUCUCAUGUCUACGGGAUGCUCGAGAAUUAGACAGGGUGGGUACGCACAAAUUUGUUCAUUUUUAACAUUAUUAACCCUUUUAGUGCUGAGCUAAAUUGCUAAAAAAGAUUAUUGAAAGAAAGGACCUUAUAUAAAACUUUAUAAAAAAAUAAUAUAAAAUCAAUGCUAAAUUAACAUCAAAAUAAUUUUAAAUAGUUAUUUAUAAAUGUUAUUGACUUGUUACAAGUGAGACCUUAGAACUCAUGUCUCAAGGUGAGGGGUGUCUUGAAGGGCUAAUAAACACUAUAAAUCGCCUAAGAAACUAAUUAGUUUUGUAAUUGUUGAUUAAGGAAUGUAUGUUUUUAGCAUUCGUGACCACAAAAUUUAACGUAUUCUUAUUUUUCGCGUCGGUCCCCCGCUGUGGUGCAUGCGACUGUGUUGUAACGAGUACUUAGGAAAAUUAAUGACGACGGAGAUUCAUGUGUGUGUGUGCUUAGUGCGAGUUUUUUAACGUUCUCGAUAGCGUAAAAGUUAACUCAUAUUUGUAUGCAUAUGGAACAGCGCCCCUAGCGGCAAACGUACCAACUCCGUACAAAUUUUAGUUAAGUUUUACGCUAUCGGAGAACCUUAAAAAAACUCGCAACUGAAAUAAUAAUUAGUCACAAUUCAGUAUGUUUUUGAAUGUGAGCACCCGUGAACACAACAUCAGUAACGUGCGUCCAGCGUAACUGUCUUAACGCGAAAGCUUAACUAACAAAAAUAUACACAAAUCCCGUAGAUUAAUUUAAGUGUGUGUCUGUAGUAGUUAAAUAAAAUUGUGAAGGAAUAAAUAAAAAAAAAUUCUGGUAACACUUUUAGUUAAAUUAUCAAUCCACAAGAGUGGCGGUAGCGUUAUAUUAGUCAUAGUUUUUUUUGUUGUUGUUUUAUGAAUCAUUUAAUACACAUCCCUAUUCUAGGGUGCAAGAAAAUUUAGCUUGUCAUUGUUAUUGGCACGGAGAAGAGGUGUGUAUUUGUAAAACUGCAUCGUAAAAUUUUAUUUUUAGUGAAAGUUAUCUAACGUGUAAUGGCAAUAAUAAAUAUGUAAAAAUUCUAUUAAUCUCGGGCGACAUUUCGAGGUAUGGAACGGUGAUGUGUUUUUGCUAGUAAAUUAAGAAAAUUCCAUUUGAGACAGAGUACUAUGAAUACCAAACGCACCGAUCAUUGUUUUCAAGGUCGUGUGGUGUUUGACUAAAUUAGUAGCCGCGACGAAUUUCUGUGUAUGCAGAAAGAAUUACAACCUUUGAUACAUAACCUAAAAACUCUUUAUGCAUAAUUUGAAACAAUAUUGAACCCGUCGUCGAUUUUCGUUUAUCGCUAUUCUCCAUCCGCAUAUUGUACUUGUUACGAUAAAAAUCUGAUUCCGUAAUUUCCUAAAUCUAGACCUCGAUAGUCUACGGAGCAGUUUCUGAUUUAGCCAAACCCACAUUCCAAAACGCCUGAUUACUGUGUAUACUUCAAUGGGAAUAUGUAUAUAAUUGCUUAACUUCGAUGGCUAUUCUAUGACAUUGACCGAAGAAAUUAUAUCUACUACACCUGUAUUAAACAAGUGAGAUUCACUCACGUGCCGGUGAACACAAUGUAAAUGGCACUUAUUUGUCUAAAAGUGAAUGUAACUAGAGCUUUAGGACGGUGAGUAGAUUUGAGUCUAUAAGAGUAUGACAUUGACAGAAGAAUAUCUACUACACCUGUAUUAAACAAGUGAGAUUCAUUCACGUGCCGGUGAACAAAAUCUAAAAUGAGACCUAUUUGUCUAAAAGUGAAUGUAACUAGAGCUUUAGAACGGUGAGUAGAUUUGAGUCUAUAAGAGUAUUUUAGGCGCUUGUGAAUGUAUGCGCCAUAAGGCGCGUGCGUCGCUUAAACUAUCUCAAUACCAAUAAUAAAAGGUCGGAUCUACUUAUUGUGAAAAUCGCCGAUAUGAGGAUUCGUUUAGUUUUUUAUGUUCAGGUCUCAUAAGUCUGAAUUGUGAGAUAAACUUUAAAUAACUUAUCUUAAACACAUACAUCAGAAGCAAUUACAAUUUAAGUCUUGACUUAAACUCUUGUUAAGUCUUAACUUGGUUAUGGUUAUAACUAGAAGCUGGCAACACUAGCGAUUUGAAGUUCGUUAUUGUCUUUCAAUAGUCAAACUCAGUGGUAGCCAAGUUGAAGUUAACCAAUGUUAUCCUUGAUAAACAAUGAUGCUUUGAAAAAUUAAAAUUUAACUAAAUUCAUUUUCGAAGUCAGUUUAUACGCCACAGUUUAUCAAAGCGAAACUGGCUAGCCGCAAAUUACGAAGUACCUGCAUUAAAUAUGUAAAAAAACUUUAUAAGCGAAACUGGAAAGCCGCAAAUUACUAAGUACCUACAUUAAAUAUGUAAAAAUGUAAUUUUUUAUUUCGUAAUAUGCGGCUUUCUAUGUAUUCCACAUGGAAUACCUAUGUUUUCCAGAAUAUGUUCCCAAUUCUCAGUAUUUCCUAAAAACCUUUUUUUUUUUUAUUUUCUUGCAAAUUCACAAUUCGUACACGCUGUUCUGCUCGUGACCACGGUUGAUGUUGCUCGGUUUUCUCAUUUUGUAGUAAUUAACUAUUGGCGUUAGUAAAAGCUCAUUUGUAAAUAAAGGAAUGGAAUAUUGUUUGUUGUUAAUAAAAAUUCCAAUGUAUUAAA